GAUCAUCGCACGGGGGCACGCACGUGUUGUCUGUCAAAAAUGUAAACGUAUCAAAAACGUCAGUUCCCCGAAAUAACUGCUUCGAUCGCGUUACGUUUACUGAUAAAUAACGCUAUUCUCUAAGUCUCACAGUCACAGUUGAACUUGUAGACACUUCUCGGCGUGUUAAUCAAUCGGCGUUGCUCGGAUUGAUGACUCGCCAUGGCACUCAACCAGUUCAUGCACCCAAGGAAUCGCUACAAGCACAAGAAGCCGGACUUUGCCGCUCUCGCCGACAAGUACCCAGACUUCAAGCGGCAUCUGUCCACCACGCUGACGGGGUACGUCUCGCUGGACUUCAAGGACCCAGAGGCCCUGCGGUCCCUGACCUGCACCUUGCUCAGGGAGGAUUUUGGCAUUGAUCUGAUGAUCCCGCUGGACAGGAUAAUCCCCACGGUACCGCUGAGGCUGAACUAUGUCCUGUGGAUUGAGGAUCUGUUGGAGCAGAGCGGGCACGGCAGAUCAGGAGAGAUCUACGGAAUCGAUGUUGGUUGUGGGGCGUCCUGCAUCUACCCACUGUUAGGAGCCAAGCUCAACGAUUGGCACUUUGCAGCCUCUGAAGUUGACUCCUCAUCAGCCGGCUUUGCAGUCCUCAACGUCAAAAGGAACAACUUGAAUGACAAAAUCCAUGUAAUUGAAGCUGAACCCGAUGACAUGCUCCAUGGCAUCGUCAAGGCAGCGCCUAGAAGCCUCUACCACUUCAGCAUGUGCAACCCACCGUUCUUUGGCAACCUCCUGGAGGCCCAGGGCAUCAUGACGUCGCGCACCGUGGACCGGUCCGAGCCCAUCUCAGUCAGCACGGCGGCCGAGGCCGAGAUGAUCUGGGGGGAGGGCGGGGAGGUGGACUUCGUCGGGCGCAUGAUCAGGGACAGUCUGCAGCUCAGGGAACAAGUUGUGUGGUACACGUCAAUGGUUGGAAAGAAAGCAAGCAUUGGACCAAUUAGGAAGGAGCUUGCAAAACACAAGAUUCGCAAUGUGAUGACAACAGAAUUCUGCCAAGGGCGUACCAUGCGCUGGGGAAUCGCCUGGACGUUCUAUGAUGAUAUCAAGCUGCCUGUCUUGUCACCAGCAAAGAAAUUCAAGCGGGACAAAGAGCGCCCUCCUCUGGUGAUUGAAGUCCCAGACAGAGCCCUGCAGCAAGCCUUGAAGGAGGUCAGCCCUGGGUCAAAGGUUAAGACCGGUGGGAGCGAGGACCAGCGAAAGGUCAAGACCAUCGCAAAGGUCAUGGAGAAAUUACUGGGGACACUAGAGAUUGACUUCAAGUCCAAGUCUGCACCUAAACUCUGUUCAAGGUACGCCUUGACUGCCCACCGCAACACCUGGGCCAAGCAGCGAUGGAAGAGACGUCAGAUGAGCAGACGCCUUCCUCAAGAAGCCCCACCUAUCCCAGAUGCUACCACGAUGAGAUCUUGCCCAGAACCAACUGAGGUUAGACCGGCUUGUGAUAAUGCGCCCGGGAGGCCCACAAAUGCCAAACCAAAUGUUGGUGAAGGUAGUAGUGGAAAAGAUGCAGAGCUGGUUGGUGAAAAUACAGCUGAAAAAUUACACAUGUUGUACGAGAGUCAAGAACUAGCAUCAGCUGAAAUGGAACGUUCUGGAGACAGUGGCUGCAUGACUGUGCAUGACAGAUCCUUGCCAAUCCACAGUUCAAGACAAAUUUUGUGUCAUACUGAAAAGGACUCCUCAGGAUCAGUGAGCCAAGUUACUGGUAGCAAUGAGGACAGUUUAGUGAGGGCAGUUUCUCAAGAAACAUCAUGCGAUACAAGUAAAGAGCAGGGUUGCAUUUCUGAUGAUGACUCAAUCCAAAACUCCAAAGUGAUGUUGGAGUCACGAGAGAGUUCAGCUGACAAACCUGGAAACGUAGAAAGUAAAACUGGUCGCAUUAGCUCUCCAGAGGGCAGUAGACAGGAGAUUGGCCAUAGCACAAACCCGAACGUGGCUUUGAAAGAACCAACCAUCAACACGUCCUCCGACACGGACAGUUCAGAGGGUCAACCUGGACAAAUCAGCCCUCCAGAGGACAGCAAACAGGAGAUUGGCCAUAGCACAAACCCGAACGUGGCUUUGAAAGAACCAACCAUCAACACGUCCUCCGACACGGACAGUUCAGAGGGUCAACCUGGACAAAUCAGCCCUCCAGAGGACAGCAAACAGGAGACUGGCCACAGCGCAAACCCAAAUAUGGCUUUGAAAGAACCAACCACCAACACAUCGUCCACCGACAUAGACAGUUCAGAGGGUCAACCUGGACAACUCAGCCCUCCAGAGGGCAGCAGACUAGGGGCGGAGUGCCUAUUCAAGUGCAUGCUGACAGUCAAGAUCACUGACGGGAAGGUCGUCGUGGAGCUGAGCUGGACGGAAGGGCGGAGCCGCGAGGCCUUGCACCAGGUUGGCCAGUACAUCAAGAAUCACCUCAACAAGAUGUCGUAGGUUUGUAACCAGUGACCGGCAGGGCACCGGUGACUUAUGAUAGCUUGCCAGCUUCAACUCUGCCCGAUUUGCACCUGCUACUAUACUCAAAGCCAUGGGAUAGUAAGCUUUUCAGAAGAAGUAUGUUUAAUUUUUGUUUUAAAGGUUUUUUCUUGAAAAGGUUAAUUUGAGCAGUAACUGCAUUCUUAACUUGGUUAGAAUGAUGUUACUGUAAAAUGCAGAAGCUGUGUUUUGGGAAACAAAAGCCUAAAGCACAUGUAUGUGGGCCAUUUGAUAAAUUUGGGGUCCACUUUUUUCCCUGACAGAGAUACAUCUGCCUAUGUACGAAUUUGUAAUUGCUGGAUGCAUUGCUGGAAAUUUAUUUUUCUUCAAGACGGAUUACAUAAAACAAACCUACUUAAACAAAGAAAUUGAAUUCCUUAUUUAUAAAAAGUCAAUGCCAAAUAAAAACAAGUUCACAGAUGAAAGGGGCAGGGAAAACAAACCACAUUUUGGACCCUAAAUUUAUGGAAAGACCCACAUGUGCAGUGGCAAAA